UUAUACGUAACAUUGAUGAAUGUCUUAUGAAGUUUACGAAGCAGUUCUAUGAAGUAGAAUGCAACUUCUAAUGUUACACGAACAUGGAGAUGAUACAAUGGUCAUGUGACUAAGGUACUAUGUUUCCUCAUUGAGGUACUUUCAAAAUGGUGGUUCGUUAUUACUCAAACUAAAAUUAAAAUAUAUAAGAUUACCAUGGAAAAUACUGUAAAUGAUUCAAGCAUAACAGAAGUUUCAUGUUUUGAAGUGUCUUAUAAUUUUCAAAAUAGUGAAACCUUGGAUGUUACUGAACACGAGUGUUCUAUUGAAGAAAGAUCAGUCUUUGUGCAAUCUAGUGAACAAAUUUUGGAAAACAGUGUGGGUUCAUUUAAUGGAAGAAAUUUUCAGGAGAGUGACUUAGAAACAUCAAGUAUUUGCGAAAACAGUACUGAAGAAUUAUCACUUAUACAAGAUAAUGUGGAGAGAAGGCACAUCCACAUACUGUCGCCAAUUGCUGAAAGGUUUCCAGCAGUUUACGAUUUUAUUGAUGAUGAACCACCGCCACCCGUAAGAGCACCUGUUUUGUGCGAAGAAGAUCUUUUUGAACGAAAUUCGGAUUCUAAUAGUACAGAUAAUUUGUCCAUCAUUAGCUCAACACUGCCAACAAGUGGAUCUUCCACACAGUCGGAACCUUUUGGGCAUUUGGAAUAUGAGCAUCCUAAUUUCAAGACUAGUACACCAGUUUCAAAGGGACGUAGAGAUAAAACCAACACAACGACUAUGAUAAUGAAAAAAGCAUGUUCUUUGGCCUUAAAGAAAGCUACGAAAAAGUGUGGAUGCGAAAGAAAAUGUACUUCUAAAAAAUUCUAUGAAAGAAAAGUUAUAAAGAAAUUGAGAACAUUAUAUUGGACUCUAGACACGGAAGAAAGGGAACAGUGGUUUUCUGGAAAAUUUGAAGACUUUCAACCAUCAUCUGAAAGUACAUGUAAUCAAAGGUUUACUUUUCGUAUAAAUGGGAAUGUGGUUUGUCAACAAGCAUGGCUACAAGGACAUGGUAUAACAAAGAGUAGCUUUUACAGAUACAGAACAAAAUGGCAGAAUAGUAACCUAACAAGAAACUCGAAAGCGGGCCAAUCUUUCAGUGAACAAAAGCAAGCAGCUAUCCAUUGGUUGGGAGAAUACAUUGCUCAACGUGGAGAAAGGCCACCUCAUCAACAAGAAGUCUGGUUGCCUUUUGGAAUGCGGAAGAAAGAAAUUUAUAUAGCAUAUAGAAACGAACAGAUAAUGGAUUUCAAUAAUUUUAUGUCUACAACAUCUUUUUACGCCAUUUGGAGGAAGUUUUAUAGUCAUGUUAAAAUCAGAUCAACAAAUCUUUUUACAAAGUGCACAACAUGCGUUAAACUUGACAGAGCACUACAUCUUCAACUGAAUCCGCAGAAAAGACAAGCUAUUUUCAGAGAAAAACAAGCCCAUCUUCAUCGGAUCAUAAUGGAGAAACUGGCAUAUUACCGUAGGAGAACGAUAUCUCGUAGGCGGCCUGACAGGUAUCUCAGUUUGAUAAUUGAUGGAAUGGACAAUACUAAGACCAGUUUACCACAUUUUAAAGAUAGAAAAGGAAAAGACCUUGCUUCAACCAUUCCGAUGAAAACACACGUAACUGGUGCCAUUAACCAUGGCACACAUCAAAAAUUUGUUUUCACUGAUAUUUAUCAGUAUAAACAUGAUUCCAAUCUGACGUUGAACAUCUUGAUGAAGUUAUUGUGGGAGGCUUCAAAGGGACGUCCAUUACCUCCAGUAUUGUACCUCCAGGCAGAUAAUUGCUUUAGGGAAAACAAAAACAGAUUUAUCCUUUCAUUUCUAGAACUUCUGGUCCAUCGUCGAGUUUUCUAUGAGAUUCAGUUGUCCUUUCUGUAUGUUGGUCAUACGCAUGAAGACAUUGACCAAAUGUUUAGUGUAUUUGCUGAUAGACUGAGGCACACGGAUGCCACAACUCUUCCUGAACUACAUCAACAUGUGUAUAAUGCACAGGAACUGAAUGGGUGCUAUAAUGUGAGCGGUUGGCUAGACCCAUGCAUAGCUGGAGUUAAAAGCCAUUCCAAGUCGAAUAUUUUUAGAUACAGAUAUGAUGAGGCAAAGAAGUUAGUGAAUGUAUACUAUCGAAAAAAUUCAGAACAGCCAUGGAAAACUCUCCGAAGAGGAUUUUUCAAAGUGAGACCAAAUGGGUUACCAUUGCUACCAAAUUCAAAUCCACCAGUACUCAUGGCCUCUUUUCACCUUUUAGACAUGGAUGUUUUAAAAAAGGGCAAUUCUAUCUGGUCAACAUAUUUGACGCAAGAAGCCAGAUUAUGGUGGACGAAUAAACUGUCUUUUAUACAGAAUAUGCAGAGUAACAAAUACCAACUGACACAAUAUUCCAGAAAGGGAUGUAUUUGGCGACUGAAUUCGUUUAAGCCAUAUGACAAAAAUGCACUUGAAGAUUCUGUGGAUGGCACUGAUCCCGUGCCAUCCGAUGUAAGACAGCUUCUAGCGGGCGAACAGGAAACACCGGAGAUUAUUGUCAAUAAUUGAUGAUGAGGACACGUACUCACGAUCUAAAGGAAUCAGUAUUGAUGGACCUUUUAAUCCAG